UGUUAUAUAACAACAUUGAUGCUUCACUUCCAACUUAUACAAUGCCAAUAAUAACUUCUAAAAAAACAACUUUUCUUAUAAUUUUAUAAUCAUAUUUUAACAAAAUUGCAGCUUCACCACACAACUUUUUAGCACAAAAUCCACUAAAAUAGACUGCAAUCCGAAUUUGAAGUGACACUCUCCACUGAAACCACAAGCCAAAUCUUCUAUUCUGGCUUCUCUCCAUGUCCUGCUGAUCAUCAGAGAGAUGAUAGAACCAAUCAAUACAAUAAUCACACAAUUAAAAAAAAAAAUUCUUUUUUCUUCUUCUGGCUGCACUCGCAGAACUUCCUGUCAUCAGAGUCAUUGACACCACCCGUGAAGCACAGGCCCAACAAACUCCCUCUCUAAAACACUUCACAUAAUUCCAAAGGCAGCUCUUCACAUGUUCUUGUUCCAUGUGAAUGGAUGCUUCUUUUCGCAUCCCCUCUCUUCCCCACUUCUCUCUCUCCAUCACAAAUAUACCCACUCACGGGCUACCCUCAUCCAAUAAAAAGCUCAGCAUAUUACAGUCUUCACCAAACUAACCUUCUGGAAUUAAGUCAUGGCCGCAAGGCUUAUCCUAUUCUCUCUUCUCCUUCUCAGCUUCUCAGUUCCAGUCAUCCAUUGCAGCUCCCUUGCUAACGUCACUGUAGUGGGUACCGUCUUCUGCGACGCCUGCUCCAACAACACCUUCUCCAAGCACAGUUACUUCCUCCAAGGUGCCAAGGUGCAGAUAGUCUGCAAGUUCUCCGCAGAGACAACAUCGGGAGAGGAAAUCUCCAUCAACACAGAGCGCAUCACAGAUAAAUUUGGUGUUUACAAGCUUGACAUUCCCCCGGUUGAUGGCUUUGAGUGCAGAGAAGGCCAAGCAUUGGAGUCCUUCUGCAAAGCAAGCCUUCUACAGAGCCCUUCGCCUCUCUGCAACGUACCCAGCUUAAGCUCUUCCAACGAGCAUUUGGCUUUCAAGGCUGGGGAAUUCAAUUCGUGUGUUUAUGACUUGAACGCACUCAGUUAUAAACCAGCUCAAAGGGAUUCUUCCUUAUGCGGUACUAAAAGUGAAGAUGUGGCGAGUUUAGUUACCGUUAAGCCAAAAAAUUCAAAUUCUGCACUUUUCUUUUGGCCACCCUUCUUCCCAUGGCCAAAUUGUCCUUUUCCUUUCCCUUUCCCUUUCCCUAACCCUCCUUUCCCUUUCCCUUUUCCUAUUCCUCUUCCUUUCCCUAGCCCACCUUCUCUUCCUUUUCCUUUCCCUACAAUUCCGUUUUUUGCUCCACCGCCACCUGCUUUUCCCUUUCCAUUUCCACCACUGCCAUUUUUUGCUCCACCACCUCCACCUCAGUUAACCUUUCCUUUCCCAUUCCCCUUUCCAUCGCUACCACCAUUCAACCCAAUUCCAGGUUUUUUUCCACCGCCGCCAUCACCACCUUCUUCUCCUCCGCCGCUAACUUUUCCCUUUCCUUUUCCACCUCUGCCUCCCUUCUUCGCUUUCCCUCGCCCGCCAUCUCCACCUAUACCAGUUUUUUCUUUGAGCGACCCUCAAAAGCAAAAUCAGCAACCAUGA